AUGGCAUCACCUCAGGAUAUCGCAACAGGAGAAAUAAUCACCCUAAAUGUUGGAGGAACAAAGUUUUCCACAUCAAAACAAACACUGACAUGGAUUCCAGAUACAUUUUUCACAAGCAUGUUCAGUGGAAGAAUCUCUACAUUACAUGAUGACACAGGUGCUAUAUUCAUAGACAGAGACCCUGGUCUGUUUGCAAUAAUACUCAACUUUCUCAGAACUAAGGAGAUAGAUCUUUUGAAUAUCCCAGUUCAUGCUCUUAGACAUGAAGCUGAAUACUAUGGAGUGACACCUCUCGUGAAGAGGCUGGUGCUAUGUGAGGAGGUGGAGCAGUCUAGCUGUGGAGAUGUGCUGUUUCAUGGUCAUCUACCCCCACCAUGUCCCCCACUAAUUAAGGAAAGUCUGGAAGAGAGGCGUUCUUCUGUUUCCAGUAUAGAAGCUGAACUCCCCCGUCCCAGUUCUACGUCUAGAGUUACCAAAAGUAGCCCCAGAGUAUCCCAUAUAAGACAUGCAUCUGAUAGCGAAGCCUUAACUCCUAGACACUCUUCUAAUUCAUCAAGCAACUCUAGUCCAAAUAAUUCAACCUCAUCACCACCAGGGGCAACAGGAGGUGCAAUAGAAAAACAUGUCACAGAAAGUACAUUUAGUCGAGGUACUUACAUGGACCCUCUUAGAGUAACUCUCGUAAAAGGACAUCAGAACUGGAUAGGAGUAGCGUAUCCUCACUUUGUGUGCUGCUAUAGGCUGAAGGAAGCUACCGGCUGGCAUUUAGUGUGGAGCAGUCCACAUUUAGAGGGUCCAGUGGAGAGAAUUGCCAUAAAUUCAAAGGUGCUAAGUUCUAACCAGGACAACACUAGUAGGAUGAUUGCAGUGGGAGAGGGAUGCUUGGUCAGAUUAUGGGGUGUCAAUGAUAGGGACUCAAGAGAAAUAGGAGUGUUUGACCUUAGAGUACCAGUGGAUUCAUUGUUCUUCAUUGGCAGCCAGUUAGUGGCACUCAGUCAUCUAGGGAAGGUGGGUGUGUGGCAUGCUAUGACACAAAACUGGCAGAUUCAAGAUGUGCUCCCUAUUACCAGUUAUGACACAGCAGGUUCAUUUAUUCUUCUCCUUGGCUGUGCUAAUGGCUCUAUAUACUACACAGACAUGCAAAAGUUUCCUUUGCGGAUGAAAGAUAAUGAUCUGCUUGUAACAGAGCUGUAUAAAGAUCCUUCGGGAGACAAGAUAACUGCUCUUAGCGUCUACCUAACACCUAAGACAACUAUAAGCGGCAACUGGAUAGAGAUAGCUUAUGGGACAAGUGCGGGAACAGUACGUGUGAUUGUCCAGCACCCUGAAACAGUCGGGCAUGGCCCCCAGCUAUUCCAGACAUUCACUGUACACAGAAGCCCUGUUACCAAGGUGAUGCUCUCAGAGAAACACCUAGUAUCAGUGUGUUCUGAAUAUAAUCAUGUUAGGACAUGGAGUGUAACAAGAUUUCGUGGUAUGAUCUCUACACAGCCUGGUUCCAUGCCCCUGGCCUCUUUUAAGAUUGUAUCUCUAGAAGAUAUGGAGCCAAAGGUCAACUACUCUGCCGGGAAUGACUUUGGACCAUUUGGGGAGCAGGAUGACCAGCAGAUAUUUGUGCAGAAAGUGGUACCAGAAACAGACAUUUUGUAUGUUAGGUUGUCAUCAAAUGGAAAGAGAAUUUGUGAAAUACGUUCAGUAGAUGGUUCCACCAUCACAUCAUUCUGCGUACAUGAGUGUGAAGGCUCUAACCGCAUUGGGUCUAGACCACGACGCUAUCUCUUCACUGGCCACUCUAAUGGCUGUAUUCAGAUGUGGGACCUUACCACUGCUGUUGAUCUUAUGACAAGAACUGAAGAAGAGAAACCUGUCACUGGUGGGCCAACUGCCCAGGAACUGGUACAUCUACUUGAUCAGUGUGAGCUUACGAAUUCACGUCAAACAACGCCAAGUGUAAGCCCCUCCCCCUCUGUCAUGGCGGCCAACUCUCACCGUCUCUCCUUAUAUGGACAUGGUGCUAGCUUUCAAGGAGAACAAGUUUCUGAGGCAGUAUCAGGAAUCGACUUUAGAAUAACAAGAUUUUAAAUGCAAUAAAACAAACUGAAUAGAAGAAAUUAUGAAAAACACUCCCGUUAAGUUGCUAAUACAUAAACCAAUUAGUUGUGAGCUCCCGAGCAGUUGUGCAGUACUUUGAUUUUAUAUUAUUUAUUGUGGAAAUGCUAUGUAAUAUCAAUUUUGAGCUUACAUUCUUAAUAUAUUAUUGUCUAAUUAUCCCAUCUGACGAAGUUCGAGGGGAUAUAGAAAAGCUGUUCAUCCGUCCGUUCAUAUUUUCACAAAACCUUGAUUAAAAUCAUGAGUUUUGUAGAUAGGCUUCAUUUGACGUGUCAGUAUAUGAACUACAAUGGGUCCUAAUCUACGAAGCUUCACUUCAUUUGCCAGUUAUGUACAAGUAGUUAGUAAUCCUAUUGUACUGAAAGACACCCUAUUGUGUUUUUGUUGUAAAGAGAGAAUGACCUUCUCCAUUCAUCGACAGAUUGAGGUAC